GGGCAUUGCUUCAAGAGAUGGCAAGGCAGGCAGCUGCACCCCUCCUCCCCGGAGUCCUCCUCCUCUUCUCCAUCCUCCCGGCUUCUCAGCAAGGAGGGGUCCCUGGUGCUAUCCCGGGAGGGGGAGUCCCAGGAGGAGGCUUUUUUCCAGGUGCUGGGGUCGGAGGUUUGGGAGCAGGUUUGGGAGCAGGGCUCGGGGCUGGAGGAAAACCUCUCAAACCAGGGGUCAGUGGCCUCGGGGGACUCGGCCCUCUUGGCCUGCAGCCAGGUGCUGGGGUCGGAGGUUUGGGAGCAGGUUUGGGAGCCUUCCCCGGGGCAGCCUUCCCAGGUGCUGCGUCCGCAGCUGCUCUUAAGGCUGCGGCAAAAGCUGGUGCUGGCCUUGGUGGCGUGGGUGGAAUUGGUGGCCUUGGUGGCGUGGGUGGAGUUGGCGUUCCUGGAGGCCUUGGUGUCCCAGGUGUGGUGCAGCCCGGGGUUGGUGCGGCGGGGAAGCCCCCCAAAGUGCCAGGUGCUGGCAUCCCCGGAGCUUUCCCGGGUGGCGGUGUGCUCCCUGGAGCAGGUAUCCGCUUCCCUGGCGUAGGCGUGCUGCCCGGCGUUCCCACCGGCACCGGGAUCAAGGCGAAAGGUCCAGGAGCAGGAGCCUUCGCAGGAAUCCCCGGACUGGGAGGCUUUGGAGGCCAGCAGCCCGGUGUCCCUCUGGGGUAUCCCAUCAAAGCUCCCAAGCUCCCAGGUGGCUAUAGAUUGCCCUUCGUCAAUGGCCUCGGACCAGGCGGGAUAGGAGCGGGGGUCCUUGCUGGGAAGGCUGGGUACCCUACUGGGACAGGUGUUGGAGCGCAGGCAGCGGCAGCAAAAGCGGCAGCUAAAUACGGAGCUGGUGUCCUGCCCGGGGCUGGCGGCAUCCCAGGGGUGGGCGGCGUGGUGCCCGGUGUCGGCGUUGUGCCAGGAGCUGGAGUGGGAGGCCCAGCAGCGGCAGCAGCUGCAGCGAAGGCAGCGGCGAAGGCAGGAGCCUAUGGUGCAGGGGUGCUGCCCGGGGCCGGUGGUGUCCCAGGCGUUGUGCCCGGUGUUGGCGUUGUGCCCGGCCUGGUUCCUGGCGUUGGAGGUAUCCCCGGGGUGGCAGGAGUUGGGACACCAGCAGGAGCAGCAGCAGCAGCAGCCAAGGCAGCUAAGUACGGAGCUGGCGUUCCUGGUGUUGGCGUUCCCGGUGUUGGCAUUGGAGGCGUUCCUGGUGUUCCUGGUGUUCCUGGUGUUCCUGGUGUUCCUGGUGUACCCGGUGUGCCUGGUGUAGCUGGUGUGCCUGGUGUACCUGGUGUGCCUGGUGUGCCUGGUGUUCCUGGUGUGGUACCUGGUGUUGGAGUGGGUGGCCCAGCAGCUGCUGCUGCUGCGAAGGCUGCAGCAAAAGCAGCCGCAUUUGGAGCAGGGCGUGUACCUGGGGUUGGUGUGCCUGGUGCUGUGCCUGGGGUUGGUGUACCAGGAGUCGGUGUGCCUGGGGUUGGAGUACCUGGUGUUGGUGUUCCCGGAGUUGGUGUUCCCGGAGUUGGUGUUCCCGGAGUUGGGGUUCCCGGAGUUGGGGUUCCUGGAGUUGGGGUUCCUGGAGUUGGGGUUCCUGGAGUUGGUGUUCCUGGAGUUGGUGUGCCCGGUCUGGUGCCUGGAGCUGGCCCAGCUGCUGCUGCCAAAGCAGCUGCCAAAGCUGCCAAGUACGGAGCAGGUGGCCUGGCUCCUGGUGUAGGUGGCCUGGCUCCUGGUGUAGGUGGCCUUGCUCCUGGUGUAGGUGGCCUGGUGCCUGGCGUGGGAGGCCUGGUUCCUGGUGUAGGUGGCCUUGCUCCUGGUGUAGGUGGCCUGGCCCCCGGCGUUGGAGCUGUUCCAGGUGUUGGAGGUCCGGCAGCAGCCGCAAAAGCAGCAGCUAAGGCAGCCAAAUAUGGUGCCGGUGUUGGAGGAGUGCCAGGCGCUGUGCCAGGCGCUGUGCCCGGUGUUCCCGGUGUGCCAGGAGUGACACCUGGUGUCGGCGGUGUCCCCAGCUUGGUGCCAGGCGUAGGGGUGCCCGGUGUCGGCGUUCUCCCCGGGGCAGGCAUCCCCCAGGUCGGGGUGCAGCCUGGUGCUAAGCCUCCCAAAUUCGGUGUGCCCGGGGCUGGGGUCCCAGGGGUUGGUGGCAUCCCAGGUGGCCUUGGGGUUGGUGGCCUCGGAGUUGGUGGCCUUGGUGCUGGUGGCCUUGGUGCUGGGCUCUUGUAUCCAGGAGCUGCUGGAAAACCUCCUAAGCCAGGGGUUGGAGUUCCCGGUUUUGGUGUGUCACCGAUAUUUCCAGGUGGGGUCGGCGGCCAGCUGGGAUUCGGCGGGAAGCCCCCCAAGACCUACGGAGGAGCCCUGGGGGCCCUGGGCUUUAGAGGUGGAGUUGGCUGCGCACAAGGGAAAUACUGUGGGAGGAAGCGGAAGUAACCGCCCACCAUCACCGAUGACCUCAUGAACUUUGGUGCUACUGCAUGGUCCAGAAUGUAAAUCCCCACCAAGCUGAGACCCCCCCCGGCCCCACGCUCCCGGCAGGGACCCCACGGCAGCGUCAGGGGCCGCCCCCCCACCCCUGGAACCCCCCCAGCCCCAGCAGGGAGCGCGGAAUAAACUGCGGGGAGCAGCCGUCCCCCUUGGUGCUAUCGCUCCUUGCGGGGGGGCCUGGGACCCCCACCCCAACCCGGCCCCGGUGCUCCCCCGGUGCUCCCCCCGAGGGGUGGCUGACCCCGGGGGGGGGCCGGGCUGAGCACGAGGGGCACUCAGGGGUGGGGGGAGGGAGGGAGGGACGGAGGGAAGGAAAGAAGGGGUCCCGGUGGCGGGGGACACCGCGGGGACACUGCCGGCCCGCGGACCCCCCCGGCCCCCUUCAUGUUACUCACUUUGAUAUAACUGGGUGGGACGCCCUACGCAGAGGGAAUCGCUGCCAACAGACUAAUAAAGGACAAGUUUUUAAUGGAA